AUGGUGAAGUCAACUCAGAUUGCAAGGAUUGACAGCUUGAUGCUGGCCGCGUCGGUGGAUGAUGAGCAGGCUGAGAGUGAUCUGGCUGAGAUCAAGGGUCAGACCAAGAUGAUAUUCCGCCGUCUAAAUCGCAAUGCCGCACCUCAGGCAAGCAUUGAGUCGGGCCAGUACACCCUCCACUAUUUGAUCAAAGACGAAAUUUGCUUCCUUUGCAUUUGUGACCGUUCCUAUCCCCGCAAGCUUGCGUUCACCUAUCUCGCUGAUCUGGCCUCCGAAUUCACCACCACCUACUCCCCCUCACAAUACCAAUCUCCUAACCUCCGUCCCUAUGCAUUCGUCGAGUUCGAUACCUUUAUUCAGAGGACAAAGAAGCUAUACCAAGACAGCCGUGCCUCGGGGAAUCUCGAUAAACUCAAUGAUGAGCUGCGCGAUGUCACACAGGUCAUGACCAAGAAUAUCGAGGAUCUCCUGUACCGCGGAGAUAGUCUGGAGCGGAUGGGCGAGUUAUCUGGCCGUUUGCGCGAGGACAGCAAGAAGUAUCGGAAAGCAGCAGUCCGCAUCAACUGGGAAUUAUUGGUAAAGCAGGUAAGAUGA